AUGCUGCCUUACCGGAGGGAGAGCCCCGCCAUGGGCCGCUGCCCGCUGCGGGGAGGAAGGGUGCUGCAYGGGGCCCCCUUCGCCUACUGCCCCAGCCCACAAGUCCUGCACCGCCUGCCCGGCACCCAUGCCUACCCGUUUGCCGUGGGCGCCGUGCCGCACCCUGAGCACGGCUGCCUGUGCCCCGGCUCGCCGGGCCGCCUCGUGGAGGCCAUGGAGCGCUACGAGCUGGACGCGCUGCCCGCCCGGCCCUGGCAGGGGCCCCGGCUGCCCUUGGACGAGCUGCAGAAGCCAGGGCUGGGGUGCUGGGAGAGGGUCCAGUCCAUCUGUGUCUCCCUUCUCAAGGUGCCGCUGAUGUUCGGCUUCCUGUACCUCUUUGUGUGCUCCCUGGACGUGCUGAGCUCUGCGUUCCAGCUGGCCGGAGGCAAGGUGGCCGGCGACAUCUUCAAGGACAAUGCCAUCCUCUCCAACCCUGUGGCCGGGCUCGUGGUGGGCAUCUUGGUGACCGUCCUGGUGCAGAGCUCCUCCACCUCCACCUCCAUCAUCGUCAGCAUGGUCUCCUCGGGACUGCUGGAGGUGCGCUCCGCCAUCCCCAUCAUCAUGGGCUCCAACAUCGGCACCUCCGUCACCAACACCAUCGUGGCCCUCAUGCAGGCCGGUGACCGCAGUGAAUUCAAACGGGCCUUCGCUGGCGCCACGGUGCACGACUGCUUCAACUGGCUCUCGGUGCUGGUGCUGCUGCCGCUGGAGGUGGUCAGCGGCUACCUGCACCACGUCACCCGCCUGGUUGUGGCCACCUUCAACAUCCGCAGCGGCAAGGACGCCCCCGACCUGCUGAAGAUCAUCACGGAGCCCUUCACCAGGCUCAUCAUCCAGCUGGACAAGUCGGUGAUCACGGGCAUCGCCACGGGGGACGAGAGCCUGCGCAACCGGAGCCUCAUCCGCGUGUGGUGCGGGCAGGCAGCGCCGCAGACCCCCGCCGUGGGGCUGGGARCCCCUCUGAACUGCACAGGCCCCGGGCACUGCGGCACCAAGGGUGUCGAGAGCCUCCAGAACGUCACAGGGCACAAGUGUGACCACCUCUUCACAGACACCCCGCUGCCCGACCUGGCCGUGGGGCUGGUGCUGCUGGCCGGGUCCCUCAUCGUGCUCUGCACCUGCCUCAUCCUCCUCGUCAAGCUCCUCAACUCCCUGCUCAAGGGGCAGGUGGCCAAGGCUGUCCAGAAGGUCAUCAACACGGACCUCCCGCACCCGCUCAGCUGGCUCACCGGCUACUUUGCGAUGGUGGUGGGUGCUGGGAUGACCUUCGUGGUGCAGAGCAGCUCCGUCUUCACCUCGGCCAUCACGCCCCUGAUUGGCCUGGGGGUGAUCAGCAUAGAGCGCGCCUACCCGCUGACCCUCGGCUCCAACAUCGGCACCACCACCACGGCCAUCCUGGCCGCSCUGGCCAGCCCCAGGGACAAGCUGGCCAGCUCCUUCCAGAUCGCCCUCUGCCACUUCUUCUUCAACAUCUCCGGCAUCCUGCUGUGGUACCCGCUGCCCUUCAGCCGCCUCCCCAUCCGCAUGGCCAAGGCGCUGGGCGAGCGCACGGCCAAGUACCGCUGGUUCGCCGUGCUCUACCUCAUCGUGUGCUUCCUCCUGCUGCCCUCGCUCGUCUUCGGCGUCUCCAUGGCGGGCUGGCGCGUGCUGGUGGGGGUGGGCGCGCCCUUCCUCGGCCUCCUCUUCUUCGUGGCGCUGGUGAACGCGCUGCAGCGCCGCAGCCCCGGGCGCCUGCCCAAGUGGCUGCAGACCUGGGACUUCCUCCCGGCCUGGAUGCACUCGCUGCAGCCCCUCGACAGCCUCAUCACGCGCGCCACGCUGUGCUGUACCGACCGCUGCGGCGGCCGCGCCGGCGGGCACGAGCGCCCCGGCGGGCACGAGCACCGCAAGGCCGGCCUGGGCCUCGACAACCCCGCGCUCGCCCUGCCCGAGGAGGCACCCGGCGCCCGCCUGGGCUCCCCGCGCCUGCCCCCGCACGGGGCCACCCGCCUCUAG